UAGUAUUUCUGGUUUGGACGAACCGUUGAAAACGUUUUAUGCUAUUACGCUAUGAGAGAAAGUCUUAUCGUUGACUACGUACUGUAUAACGGUAUUUCUAAUUUCAUUUUAAUCGAAUAUUAUUGAUUAAUUUUUUUUAGCGGCUACUAAAGAAAGUUUUGUACUAUAUUCUGAAGAUGUUUCGAACGAAAAAGGAUGUUGACCGACACGUGAAAGACAUUUUUAUCAAACUCAAAAGCUCAGAGGAGAAAAAGCUUCGAUGUUACAAUAUUGCAAAAUUAUAUUACCAAGUUGGAGACCAUGAAUCUGCAAAAAAAUAUGUUUCAAAUUAUUUGGAAAUAAGAGAUAAAUCUGCAGGGGCUCAUAAAUUAUUAGGUCAAGCUCUUGAAGCUUUGGGACAAAAAGAAGCAGCCUUUAUGCAAUAUAGAAUAUCUCUUGAAUUAGAACCAAAACAAGAUGAUCUUCUUUUAAAGGUAUGUGAGCUAUUGCCUGACAUGGAUGUUAGUAUAGACAUGAAUGAAAUUCAAUACUGGGUAGAGAGAGCUGAUAAGAAAUUUCCACAUCAUCAAAUAGUUUUUGAGCUAAAGGAAAAAUUAUUAACUUUAGAAAAACCAAAUGGUAAUGAUGACGAUCUAGAAAAACUUAUUUUAUCUGAAUUAUCGGUAAGACAAACAGAUGUGCAUCUACAAGUGAAGUUGCUCAAACAUUAUGUAGGAAAUCAGAGACUUGAAGAUGCAUAUAAUAAAGCAGCUGAAAUUGAGGCAACACAUUGUCACAGAAAUAAUAUUGUUUGGUAUCAAUCAAUAAGUGAAUUACUUGUGAAAUGUAAAGAGAAUAAACAGUCAGAUUGGACAUUUUGGAUAUUUUAUAUUUCCGUGUUAGAAAGAUACACGGCACUUUGCCUUAAAGAACAGGGUAAUGUUAUUAGAAAAAGUAUAACGGAUAUCACACAAGCAGUAUUUAAUUUUGAUCAAGGUUUAUUUGAAUUUAAAUCAAAAAACUUUUCUAAUCAUCCUGCUUUUAUUGAACACAUGUUACUACAUAUGUGGGGUCAAUUACAUUUUCAUUUAGCAUAUUUAAUUUUACGGAAAACUAAAGUUGUUGAAGAUAGUUGGUCUGAAGCAGGUAGAUUGUGUGGAUCUCUUUUGUUAACUGCAUUACAUGUAGCACCUAUAGAUCCUACUGCAGUAUGGACUAUGCAUUUGAAAGAUAGAUUUAAGAAUCAAGUACAUGUUUGGUAUAGAGAAGGAGCAUACAGAUAUAGCCAAGCUGGUCAUGUACUUCGAGAUUAUGCCCGUGAUAAUACUAAGAAAUUAUUAGAUAAAAUUGAUAAAUUUUGUACAAGUUCAUGGCGAGAACGAGUAUACCAAAGAAUCUUUGUUGGUCGAUUAUAUCAGGACCGUAAAACAACAUCAUAUUUCGCGAAUUCUUCAAUUUCAAAUCCACCAUUACGUUUAUGCUCAUUUAAUGAACUUAAACGAUUUGAUGAAAUAUCGGAAGAAGUAUGGCCAGAUUCAUUACAUCAUCAAGUUUGGCUUGGUUUAAGAGCAAGACCUCAUAGCUCAAAAAAUAAAGAUAAUGGGCCGCAUCCAAAUCAAACAUCUCAUGUUUUUUGUGAAUUACAAUUUUCUGUUUAUAAUUUACAUCAAGCAGCUCCUGAAAGUUUAAGUCGUCUCGAUAUCGAUGCAUUUUUGAAUGCUGCUAUCUGCACUUCUUCAGUAAUUGAAGAACAACAAUUGAGCGGGCUUUUGAAUCCUGAAAAACUACCUACAUUGCCAGCAGAUCUUACCAAUACUCUCUGUACUUGUGCUCAAGAACAGUGGUGGUCUUACGCUUAUAAAGUAUAUUCUAUGGAUAAACAAAAACCACUCGACGAUGAUAUUGGAGAAUUGAGAUUAGAAUUACAAAGAGGCUUAGAGGUAAUUCGUUGUCUCGGAAAUCACGGAUUACAUCCUGUUCUUUUAGUUCACUUAGCGCGAAUAUUUCAUCAUAGAGCAGAGAUAUUGAAAGAAAUAGAUCAAGAAAGUAGUGACAUACCAUAUUUAGAAGCACGAUCUGAAAUGUAUUGGUCAGCUGCAAUACCGCUUCUUGAAAGAUUACAGAAUAAUCAAACUAUUCGUAUAACUAAUUCUAAAUUUUUCAACUAUCAAGGAAAAGAUAUGAACAAUGCAGAAUUAAUUAAAGCUUUAGAAGAAGGUAAAUUGCUUCUGGCUCAACAAUUUGUACGCAACAAACAAUAUGAGAAAGCCAUAGAUGCACUACAGGCACUAAAAUGUCCAGAAGCUUCAGUUCAACAAGGCCAAAUGUAUGAAAAGCUUGCAGAUGAGAUCGUCAGUUCUAUACCCAGAGAAAGUUUAACAUCUGAAAUGAGAUCGCAACAUAUAAUUAUGCUUUCAAAAGCAAGAGAAUGUUUUUAUCUAACAUUAGAUCGCUUACGCAGUCCAAGUACAGAUCCAAAACAUCCUUUGAACUCGCUACUUUCCACAUACAUUACCAAUAUUGAAAACAAAUUAAAAAGAAUCGAUCCAGAUCUGUCACAAGGUGAUUUAAGUCGAAAUGAAUGCGAUGGGAUGUCAGAUGAAAGUUAUUCCUCUGCUCAUAGUGCUCCUGAUCAAGCAGUUACAAAAAUAUCAACAUUAACGGGAUUAAAUCCUUCAGUUAACAUUUUGAGUACACCACAGAAAAACGUACAUCGCACACCAAAACAAUCUAGCACUCCUUAUAAGGCAUAUCAGGAUAUAUUAGAUUUAUCUCGAAAUCGUUCUGAAGCACGUCCAAGUCCUGAACGCCUUGAUGCUCAAAUUCGUUCACUAAAUCAAAUGAUACAUGCAAAGGAUAGUAAGAUACAAUCAAUAGCAGAGCAAAAUAAAACUAUAUUGGAAUUGAAUAAAACAGUAAUGGAAAAAAUCGAAAAAUUAGCGAAAGAAGUAACAGAAUUACGAAAAGAAAUUCAGAAACAACGUACUCAAAUAGUCAAUCCAAUAGUUAAUUCCAAUCUGGAAGAAGAUUUAUGUAUUUUAAACGAGGAUGAUUACAAUGAUUUGAAUUACAAUGCAAAUCAAUCAGGUACCGCGUCUUCGAUAUCCGGGAAUAUAUUCCAAUCUUCUCACAGACAUCCAUACUCUCAGUUGGUAUAUCCUUCAGCUACUUUUCAAGGAUAUUAUCCGACAGGAAUGUCAUUCAACGAUCCAAACACGCAAGCUAUUCCUUCUUUAUAUCCACCAAAUGUUUAUUCAAUGCCGGUAUUGUAUCCUAGUACAAGAUCAAAAAUGCCUGAAAAUAUUCUUCAACAAAGUUUAUUUAUACCGCCGACAAAUCAAUCAUUGCAAAUUCCAAUGCAAAAAGUAGAAACAUCAAAGCCAGAGUCAACUAUAAAGGAUGCUCCUGUAAAUAAAAUUCCACCAGUUAAUGUUGCCAUUACCACUUCUGAUACACUUCCAACUACAGCACCAAUUACCCAGCCAACACUUAGUGUAACAAUUCCUCCACAUUUCAGACAAGGUAGUUCUUCUACUCCAAUUAUCGCAGAACAAACUGUUCCACAUUGUUAUCAAAUUUCUAUGCCUUCCCAAGCUACUAUACCAACAACAGUAAACUUACCACCUUUGUCGAAUACUCUUACAACUACUCCAGCAAAUCUUUCUGUAUCAGAGACAUCAAAGCAAGAAACUACUAUUUGUUCAACUGGAUCUGCAAAUAGUUCAGAUCAUGAACAUGACCCAAUACCAGACUUUGUUCCUGUGAUACCAUUACCUGCAGAAGUUAAAGUCACGACCGGAGAAGAGGGUCAAGAGACACUAUUUUGCACAAGAGCUAGACUUUAUCGUUUCGUGAAUAAUGAAUGGAAAGAACGUGGUACAGGUAAUGUUAAAUUACUUAAAAAUGAAGAAGGAAAAAUUCGUUUACUUAUGCGCAGGGAACAAGUAUUAAAAGUAUGUGCAAAUCAUUAUAUUGUGCCAGAAAUGGAGUUAAUUGCUAAAUCAAAUAAUGAAAAAACAUGGUUUUGGGUUGCACAUGAUUUUGCUGAUGGAGAGUUGAAAAUAGAAAAGUUUUGUAUUAAAUUUAAAACCGUUGAACAAGGUAUUUCCUUUAAAGAACAUUUUGAUAAAGCUAAAGCAAGUCUUAUUUCUGAAAAAGUAACUGAAAAUACUGAUAAAUCAUCAAUUAAAAUCAGUACUACAUUAAGUGGUUCUAAAAAAUCAGAGAAAAAACCAGACUUGAAAGCUGUAGAGCAAACACCAUUUAUUUCUGGGCAAACUGUUCAAAAACAAUCUACAGAUGUAACUUCGACUACAGAAAGCAUUACAUCAGACAAAUUAAAAUCUAAUGCACCUACAACAGUUAUUGGUGGAUUUUCAUUUACAUCAACACCAGUUAUUCAAAAACCAGCGAUUACUGAACCUGCGAAAGUUCCUACUAAAUCAGAAGUUAGUCCAUUUGCUGGUUUUACGUUUAACAAGACUGUAACAAGUGUUGAAAGUUUUACAACUACAUCCCAAAAAAGCACGACCACUGGCACAAUAGCCACACCACCGUUUACUUUUCCAUUUACAAAACCAACUACAUCUUUACAAUCAGGAACUACAACAGUACCAACUGUUAGUAUUCAUAACACACCAAUUUCGUCUUCACAACCAAUUAGUACUGCUGUUACAAACGAAAGUAGUUCUGUUAGUACUUCUCAAUUUUCACUUAGAAGACCUCAUGCCCCUGCUUUUGGAAAUUCAACUAUUCCAGCAUUUAUUGUGGGCAUUCAAGAUUCAGACAAAUCUGUUAUGCAAAUUGAAUGUGAAGAAGUAUUAUUCAAUGAGAAAGUUAAUCUUCAGUACUACAACAACGACAUUAAACAAUGGGAAAACAGAGGUACUGGACAGAUAAAGAUUUUAUGGAAUUCCAAAACAAAUAAAAUUCGCUUAUUAAUGAUAGACGAAACCAAUAUGAAAGUUUGUUAUAAUUACAAUGUUGUUGCUAAAUUUUCAUUUACAAUCAAAAGUAAUAGUAAUACAGUUGUUAAUUGGAAUAUACAAUAUGGUUCGGAUAAUAAAAUCGGAAUAUUUGCAGCAAGAUUUAAAACGUCUAAUCAAGCAUCUCAAUUUUGUAAUAUAAUUACUGGUAAUCAGCAAAAAAUGAUAAAAGACUGUAUAACUGCUGAAAAUUUAAAAAAAUCAGAAACUCUUCAAAAUACGCAACCAAAUAAAAUACAGAAUUCUUUGUCUGAAAUGUUUAAACCACCACCUGGUUCGUGGGAAUGCAAUGCUUGCUAUACAAGAAACGCCGCAUCUGAUGCAAAAUGUUUGGCUUGCGAGGCGCCAAGUCCUAUGUCUAAUAAAUCAACUACUUCGAGUACUGUUACAUCAAAUCAAAUACCUCUUUCACAAAUGUUUAAACCGCCUGCUGGUUCAUGGAAAUGUAAAACUUGUGACAUAGUCAACGCAGCAGAAACUAACUAUUGCGUCGCUUGCGAUACACCAAAAGAUCCAUCUCUUCCACCCAAACCAAAAACUGAUGGUUUUCAAAUAAGUACAAGCUCUUCUGGAGUUACGCCUACAUUUACCUUUGGUAUUCCACAAGACGCUACUAAAAAAAGUACAAGUGGAUUUUCAUUUCGUUUAUCUAGCACUAGCGAUGUUUCCAUAGAUAAAUCUACAUCUUCAAAAUCUGAUGGGAAAACGGAUACGUCAAAUGCAAAAUUUGUUUUUGGAAUGCAACAAAAAUCAAACACUCCAGCGAGCAAGGAUUCAUUCGUUUUUGGAACACCAGGAAAACCGUUUGGAUUUAAUUUUGUAUCCAAAUCGUCUCCAACAAAGUCUGGUGGUGAAGAAAAUAGUGAAGAUGAGGUAGUGGAAAGUGAUGACAUUCAUUUUUCACCGAUAAUUCCAUUGCCAGAUAAAAUUGAAGUUAAAACAGGAGAAGAGGAAGAAGAAGUUCUUUAUAGUCACAGAGCGAAGUUAUUUAGAUACUAUAAAUCGCAAAAUGUAUGGAAAGAACGUGGUAUAGGUAACAUAAAAUUAUUACGGCAUAAGGAAACAGGCAGAUUGAGGCUAGUUAUGAGACGUGAACAAAUAUUGAAGUUGUGCCUAAAUCAUUUUGUGCUUCCAAAUUUGGAAUUGCAGCCAAAGGAUGAGAAAGCAUGGAUGUGGAAUGCUGCUGAUUAUAGUGAAGGAGAAAUCGAACCCACUCUUUUUGCAUGUCGUUUUAAAACAUCCGACAUCGCAAAUGAUUUUAAAGAUGCAAUUGACAAGGCAAAGAUGAAGCUUCUACCCAUUGAAAAAUCUAUUGAAACAAAAGUAGAAGCAAUUACCGAAGUUUCUUCUGCACAAGACAUUGAAAUUCUGUAUGAGAUGAAAGUAACACCCGAAGAAAAACAAGCUGCACUAAAGUUUCAGCUUCCAGAAAAUUUCUACGCGUACAAACAAAAACCAGAUUGUCCUGGAUGUAGAGGUUGUAAAGAAGAUUCAGAUACAUUAUUACUUCCAGAUGAAAAUCCUGAAAAAGCAAUAUCAAUAUUAAAAACAUCUACAGAGGGUCAAAAACCUCAGACUAUUACAUCUAGGACACAGUUACUUUCAAAAUCUAAUAAUUCAAGCAACACAUCUAACGAAAUUACAAUUAUUCAAACACCUAUUUCAACUAGUAGUACAAUUGUUUCUUCUGUUUUCAAAUCUGGACUAUAUGGUACAACCACACCACAAUUUACAACAAAUUCUCUAUCUACAACAACCACAUCAAGUAUACCAUUUGGAAAUAUUGAUACUACUUCAAGUGAUAAAAAGACUGGUUUUUCUUUUGUAAUGCCUCAAACUGCGUCCAGUACAAAUGAAAUACAAAAAUCUGAUAAACAAAAUACGUUAACACCUGAGAAUUUCAAAAUUUGCAGUCCCACUAAUUCUCAAGGGCAAAUAGAAUCAACUACAUCUUUUUCAUUUAUGACACCAUCUACAACUUCUACAUCUAUAUUUGAAAUGGCAAAAUUAGAUAAUACAGGAAAAAAUAUUUUUGGUGGAAUGUUGAAAAAAGAUUCCUCUGAGUUACUCAAGCCCAGUUCCAUCAAUGUCAGUACAACUAAUUCUGAAUCAGUAUUUUCAACUAAUUUCAACACUCAACCAAAAAUAACUACAAAUACUACAAUGGCAUUUGAUGCUACUCCUAUUUUCGGGACUUCUGGAUUAAAAAGUUCUGAAAGCACAGCCACAGGUUCAACAUCAUUUGAUGCAUCUGCUAAAUCUAUUAAUUCAGUAUUUCCUAAUACAUCUGCAUCAUUUUCAUCUGAUUUAUUCUCUGGUUCACGUACAAAUACAUCAUCUUUUACAAUUUCAAAUCCUGUGACAACCAAUGCUUUUGAAACAAUAACACCAACAACAAGUGAAACAAAAAAGGAAGGUGAGGUUUUCUUUCCAUCAACAGAUGUAUCAUUUUCAACUUUAGCAGCCCAAAGUUCCCAAUCUACAUUUAAAACAGAUCCAAAUUUUUCUUUUGCUGGUGCUGGGUCAGUUGUAUUUGGAUCAAAAUCAAAAUCUGUACAAAAAAAGAAAGAAGUUACAAUAGAAAAGAAAGAUGAAAACGAAGAGGAGGAGACAGAUGAUCAAAUCGAAAAUGAUCAAGAACAUGAUCCUCAUUUUGAGCCUAUUGUACCUCUACCCGACAUUAUUGAAGUACAUACAGGAGAAGAAGAAGAAGAGAAAGUAUUUUGCGAAAAAGCAAAAUUAUACAGAUACAAUAAGGAUGGGUCUGAGUGGAAAGAAAGAGGAGUUGGAGAAAUGAAAAUUUUACAUCAUGCAAAAUAUGGCCGAUACAGAUUACUGUUACGUCGAUAUCAAGUUCAUAAAGUAGUAUGCAAUAUCUUACUUACUCCAGACAUUACCUUUAGUAAAAUGACUUCGACGGAUCGUGCUUGGGUCUGGGCAGGCAUGAAUUAUGCUGAAGAACAACCAUGUAUAGAGCAACUAGCAGUUAAAUUUAAAACUCCAGAACUGGCAAAAUAUUUCAAGGAUACAGUUGAUAGAAUCCAGCAAUCGCUAAGUGAAAGCCGAGAAAAAAAUGUAGAUGGUCCAGUAAUAGAAGAACCACAAGAUGGGGAAAAUGAGGUAAAUGAAGAAGAAGGCGAAGUAGGUGAAGUUGAAGUAGAUGAAGUAGAGGAUGAAGAAGAAGAGGAAGAUGAUGAUGAUGAUGAUGAUGACGACGAUGACGACGACGAUGAUGAUGAUGAAGAUGAAGAGGAAGAUGAUGAUGAUGAUGAUCAAGCUUCCAUUACUUUCGAAAAAAGGGCUACUUUGUUUACUAGAUCAAGUAAAGAAAGUCAAUGGAACCUUGUAGCUCUAGGAAAUUUAAUUAUUUAUUAUGAUUCUAAUAUUUUUGGUGAAAAAAUAAUAUUAAAAGCAGAUAAAACAGAUGAAGUUGUAAGCAACACGAUUAUUAGUAUGAACACAAAAAUGGAGGUAAAUGGAAAAGAAUGCGUUUGGACAGCAAUUGAUUAUGCCUUGACAUCGCCGAAAAAACGCACUUUACGUGCUACUUUUUCAUCAGUUCAUGUCGCACAGGAAAUGUACAAACAUUUUCAAGAAGGAGUAGAAUACGCAUAUCAAGCAGACAUCAGUGAACCAUUUUAUGAAGAAUAAAAUAAAACGAUUCCUCAUAUUUCUCACAAUAAAGUAUUGUAUCUCUUGUAAACAAA